UCUGUCUUCCUGUGUACGCCGGAGAUAUGCGACCGAGCAGAUACACAGUACAGAGAUACAGUUCCUCAGCCGCUUGAGUGACGUCCGGGACCCCACGACACAUGGGAACCAGAAGCACUAAGCCAGCUGUCAUGCCUCGGGACGUUGCUGCAUCUUUCUCCAAGCUAGAGGAGGAGAUUACGUGUUCUGUGUGUCUCCAUGAGCUCACGGACCCGGUCUCUAUCGCCUGCGGACACACCUUCUGCAGAGCCUGCAUUACCGCCUACUGGGCCACCGCGCAGCCACAGGGAUACCUCUGCCCGGAGUGCCGGAGCACCUGUCCCAAAGACCAGCUCAUACCGGCCUACAGGCUCAAACAUCUGGUUACAAAGGUCCAGCUUGUAGUAAAAGAAGAAAAAGCCAAACUUUUAGACAAAGGCGCUCCUGCGUCCGCUGUUCCGCUGGUUUACACUGAUCCGCACGGCCGGCUGCAGUUAGAUGAAUCGGUCAUACAGAGCUGCUUCCUGGAUGGAGAGGUUGCGGGUUACCCCCUGUGUCUCAUCUGUGUGAUCGGGGAGACGCGGCGGGGGAAAUCCACUCUGAUGAAUUAUAUCCUGAGAGCCCUUCACAGCCUGAAGAAAGGGCAGCCGGUCAGUCUGGGGGAACUUAAUGACCCCCUCACAGGGUUUGCAUGGUCACGUGGGACGGACAGCCUGACCAAGGGCAUAUGGAUGUGGAACAGACCUUUUAUCUUGGAGCGGAAUGGAGACAAGAUGGCCGUGUUUGUCCUGGACACAGAGGGGUCGCUGGACAUAGAGAGUGACCGAGAAACCAGCAUCAAGCUGUCCGCACUCUCCAUGCUCCUCAGCUCAUACCUGAUAUUCAAUGUUAAUGCAAGCCUGAAAACUACAGAGCUGGACUACCUAGAGAUGUACCUGGACAUCGCUGAGCUGACCGGAGAGUCCUGUUCCCUGCAGUAUCUACAGCACCUGGAUCUGCUGCUGCGAGACUGGCAAAAUCCAGACAACUGCGGCCGAGAAGCAGCUCAGACCUAUAUGGAGCAUGAGACGCAGAGGCUGCGUAAGAACUCAACGCACCGCCGGGUGCUGCUGACCCUGAGAAGCCCAUCAGUAGGCGGGUUCCUCUUACCGCACCCUGGGAAGCAGUUCCUCAGAUCGGCUCAGGGGAGCCUGGCAGAUAUGGAUGAUGAUUUCAGGAGUCACCUGGGAAGAUACAUAUCCGACCUUGUGGGAGGAGUUUGGCAGCACCAUAAGACGGACAUUAAUGGAAUGCAGGUGACCUGCGCCCACGUGGGGAGGACACUGAAGGAGUUUGUCAGCACUUUACAGCAACAACAUUACAGCUUUGCUUCCCCUAUAGAGAUGUUCCAUUCACUGGAAAACCGCAAGAACAUUAAAAACAUUAUCAAGAGAUUUCAGGAUUUCAUGAACAAUCAGGCCCCAAUGACGUCCUCUCCGUUUAAGAUCCUGGGGGUUACACCAUCUAAAAUGAGGUCUAUAGCCAAUGCUGAAGCCACUCGCCUUGUCGGAGAGUACGAGAACCUGCUCAAAGGCGAUAAUCGCGUUGAAAUGACGGAGCUUACGGAUGAGGUGACAUCACUAUUAACACAAGAGGAGGAGAAAUUCUGCUCCCAAUAUUCCAAGCGCUUCACAAAGUGUGCAGUAGGGAUCGGUUGCGCAGUGGGGGGUGGAGUCCUGAGCUUGGCUGGAGGGAUCGUAGGAGCUGCCGUGGCUGGAACCGUGCUCGCCGCUGAGGCAGCAGUGUUGCUGGGCAGCACAACUGCGGCGGUGGUCGCCGGGGCAGUCAGUGGUUCCGUCACGCUGGGGGCCAUUGGUACCGGGGUCGGAGCCGGUGUAGGCGGUGUCAUUGGACAUAAAGUAAAUAAAAGAGAGCAUGUGACUGAUCAAGAAGCUAACAGAGACUCCUCUGAAGACACCAAACAACUGGUUAAUGAACAAUAGUGACACUAUCCUAUAAAUCGAGAAACCACUGAUUGGCUGACGGCUGAACUGUUUACAGAUCUCAAGCACUUCUUUCUCAGGACAUGGUUUUAUAUGGUUUUGACAUAAUUAGAUUUAUAUUUUGCAAUUGAUGAAUUUUGGAAUGUAAAACGCCUCUGUUUUUAAUGAGGACUCAUGGGCAUGAAACCUUGUGACACAUCGCAUAGCUGUGGCAGAAUAUUAAAGAGCUCGUCAUCUUUGGCGGUUCUAAUAAAUAAACCUAGAACACCUACGGCAAAAGAAAUGGACCAAACCGAAACUUUGAAAAUGUUUGAUAUAUAUGGGGGAAUUUAUAUUUGUACUUCUACCUUUAUCUUACUGAGCUAAACUGAAUUUUAACCUUUGAGUGGCAUUAACCUUUCAGUGGCGAUAGCUGUGUCUCUGAUCUGCUGAUCCUUUGAGUCACUGGGGUUUGUAGACAUAGCAGAUCUCGGAUAACUGAUGUAGAUAGAGCUGGUUUAUCUGGUUAAUCUGCUCGGCAUAACAUGAACUGAUGUAUGGAAAGCAUGAGAGUGGGCUGAGCUCACAAUAACUGCACAUAUCACAGUAACACACCCGCUGCGGUCUAUACAUCUAUUGUGAUUCACUCUACUUAGUGCAGGACAGGAUUUCCAGGGGUUUUCUUACCUGUGAGAGUCGCUCUGAGCACUUGGAGUACUGUAUAAUGGAAAACCAUUUACUAUAAUACUGUAAUAAUGGAAAAUGAAAUGCAGUUACUGACUGUGUAAUUAAUUUAUAUAAAUAUUUAUGUAUUCA